GAUAAAAACUUGUGCGAUAAAAAUGUUUCAUUUAGCUCCCUUGGUUCGUACUGAGGUUUGUGUUUCAGGUUUUGCCACAUUCCUGUUGACAAAUGCCCCUGCUAUAAUGCAGGCAGUUUAUGUUGAGAACAAGGGGCAGCACAAACAAGAUUUGGGGGUCCAGGAAGCCUCCUUAGCCAUCUGGGAGAAAGUCUGAUCAGUCCACCUCAGAAGGAGCUUGUCUAGGGUGCAAAAAUGCGUUCCGGGACCACCUGAGAAAGGGCUGCCUUUGAGAACUGAGACCUGAGGCGGAGCGGAGGCUGCAGCCUUUCCUAGCAAAGCAGCCCGGAAGCCCUGUGCGCAGGAAAGGGGCUCCUGGAGACUGACUCGAGGCGAGAAAGAAGCUCCCCCAGCGGCACGCGCUCCCGGGCAGUGGCUUCCUCGGUCCCCGGCUCGCGUGCGCACUCCCUCCCGUGCGGGGAGUAGUUUUGGGUGGCGUGGGCUCUGUCCUCUCCUCGGCUGGUGGGAACGGUGUGGCAGACAGCGGAAGCCUGGUGGGCCCGGCCCCUCCCAGCCCAGCGCCCAUGAGUGCCCGGGCACCGAAGGAGCUGAGGCUGGCGCUGCCGCCGUGUCUCCUCAACCGGACCUUUGCUUCCCCCAACGACAGCGGCAGCGGCCACGCGGGCGCCCGCAGCCCCGGCGCAGGCGGAGGCGGCGGCGGCACCUGCAUCACGCAGGUGGGACAGCAGCUCUUCCAGUCCUUCUCCUCCACGCUGGUGCUGAUCGUCCUCGUCACUCUGAUCUUCUGCCUCAUCGUGCUGUCUCUGUCCACCUUCCACAUCCACAAGCGGCGGAUGAAGAAGAGGAAGAUGCAGAGGGCGCAGGAGGAAUACGAGAGGGAUCAUUGCAGCGGCAGCCGCGGCGGAGGGGGGAUGCCCCGGGCUGGUGGUCAGGUCCCAACUCCAGGAAAAGAGACCCGGCUGGAGAGGCAGCCCAGGGACUCGGCCUUCAGCGCGCCCUCCAACGCCACUUUCUCCUGCUCUUCAUCCCCUGGGCUUCCUCGCCAGGGUCCCUGCGCGCCUCCGCCUCCACCGCCAGCCCCCAGUCCACGCGGGGCGCAGGCGACCUCCUCCUCGGACACAGCUGGCGAGGGCCUUUUGCAAGCGGUGGUACUUUCCUGAUGGUGUAGCCCUCUCCUCACCCGUCUCAUUUCCAGCAUCCUGGCUUUCUUCCUCCUUCCUUCCUUUUCCAUUUUCCUCUGACCCUCUUUUUCCUCCUCCUCCUCCUUCCCCAUCUCCCCACGCCCCUCCUGUUUCUCCUCCACCGAGGCACUGUGCGGUAUUGUAAAUAUUGGGCAAGGAAAGUCUCGGAAGAAGAAAUAGUGCUGAUAAUACUUUAUUAAUAUUUAUAGUAAUUAUUAUGAUACUAAUAACACAAUCCAAGCGCAUGACAAAUCACAUACUUUCUCAUUGUCAGUGAAGGAUGCAUCUUCCCUCGUCACCAUGUAUCCCCCUCAGUACGGAGGAGAAACUGCACAAGCUACCAAACCCACAAAAGGCACCGACACUGGGGCAAAGGGAGGGAGGGGCCCAGUAGUGUUGUACAUAGCUGUCAGGUCAAGGUAACUUCCCUCCCCUCCGCCAGCGUUCACUUUUCCUUUAGCUUCCCUCUCCGCCCCUUUUUCACUCUCAGCUGGGCUCAGGCGUAUUAUGUUGUGAAGAAAACUCUGCGUUAAGCAUCAGGACUACAAGAGGCCACAGAGCAAGUCCCAGAAAAAUGUUUAGGAGAGGAACAGGUACUCCCCUCGGUCAGCCAUCUUCUCACUCCUUGGUUAACCAUUACUUUUUCCAGGACUGAGCAUUUUAGCUAAUACAUGUCUCUCGCUGGCCGAGCACAAUAAAUACAUUCAGAUCUAUAAAUGAGUGAAAACAAAAACAAAAGCAACCCUUACCGCUUUCUGCUCCCAGCACUCGGAGGAACGCCUUUGACUGGGCGUUUUCAGCACGAGGGCCGGGGAGCUGUCCAGCACGGCCCGGUGCUGAAAUCGCCUCACAGUAAUGGUUACUUUCUGGAUUGUGAUGGCGGAGGAGGGGCUGUUCUGGAAAGUGACUACGCUAGCUUUUGGUUGGUCUUUUCUUCUUUUUCUACAGUCAGGUUCGCGUGUACUAUUGGUUUUCUUAUUCUAAAUGUUGCAUAAGUUACCUUUUUUUGUAAAAAAAAAAAAGUUACCGUGCAGUACUGAAAGUGCAGUAUCUAACCUACCAGAAUGUUUGUUUUAUUUUUAGAAUGAAUGCACCUUUGUUAUACACUUAUUAUAUUGGUACCAAAUACAGAAGAAAACUAUAGUUCUGUACGAAGUCCUCCAAACUGUAUAUUCUUGUUCUUACUUUCCAGCUGUUGAUAUAAUGGUUACCACUGGACGAGGAGCUCAGUGGGGCAGGCCUGGCUUCUGCUGUUUCCAGAAGUGUUCUUUUGUACCUUACUCUGUAGUAGACUGUUAUAAAAGAUGACACACAUGUUUCCUUCUUCUUUUGUGAAUAACAGAACCACCACCACAACAGAAGACAAACUAAUAAUGGAUGUGCUGGAAUGCCGUCUAUUAAGAUGUGAUUACUCUUUAACCAGUGCCUGUAGUUCUCCUGCAUGAAGUUAAGUUCCAGCUGGAGGUAGUGGUGUGCGGACUUGCUUGUAGUGUAUGUGUUUGGGGCAAAACUGGUGGGGUGUUGGGCAAUUUGGAUGACAGGACAUGCAAAUUUCAAGAGACCAAAAUCAGCAGAAACUUUUAGGAUAAAAUUGUUUACAUCUUGUUUAGUUAAAAAUAUGUGCUUGUGUCAGAGGCACAGCACAGGUGGGCUCUCCUUUAUUAGUGGGACUUGGCUAAUUUUACUGAAUAUAUAAAAACUUAAUGAGGAGAAAAAUAUCUUAUUCUGUCUUCUGAUGCCAGAUGAGCCCAUCUCUUUUAGAAAUGGAAUUUGCCUAUGACUAUUUACCACUUUGUUUUCCUUGGACUGAUGAUAGAGGAGGCCAGAAACAUUAAAAUCUCAAAUAUAUGCAGUGGCAUCCCUUCUUGGGAAAUCUUUGACAGCUAUUGAAAUAUUUGUAAAAUGUAUGAAUGAGAAUGAUUUACAUAAAGCUUAAAGAGGAUUUACCAUGUUGCUGAGUGCAAUUCAAGAGUAUCCCUAAAGUGCAUCCCUCUCCCAAGUAACUAGUUGUUCUAGACUCUCUGUCUUGGUUCCAGGCAUAUAUGUUCUUAUCCAGAGACAAUAUUAACUGUGCUAUUUUUGGUCAUCUAUUAAAUUUCCCAGAUCAGAAUAGUGUAAUAAGUUUAAUUUUACACUGAUUAGUUACUAAUGCACUUUCCUGAAGCAAAGAUCAUCAUUUAAACACCCCAGGUUGUAAUAUCAAGAAGGUGUAGUCUUUGGAUACAAAGUAUUAAGCAAUGAACCAGAUUCUCUCCGGUGCCUUCAUCACUUCCUAAUAAGUAAAAGAGUCAUUAACUUCCUCAAGUUGCUAGGGAAUCCAUUUGUGCAUUAGAGCUCUACACUCUACAUCAAGAAUGACGAAGGCACUGUGAAGAGGAAAGUUCAUUAAUUUUUCUCGUUUACCCACAAACAGCUGUAGCCCUUUAAUUUGGACUUGGAUGUAGAAUAGAAUCAAGAAUCCAAAGGGAGCAUCCUUAUUUCUAAUGAGCUCUACUAAAAUUCAUAGAUAUUCCCCCCAAUUUGGUAAACUUUUUACAGUGAAUAAUUUCCCAUUUUAUUAAAGCAAUAACAUUCAGUUGUGAACAGUAUUAGAUGAUGAUUCCAUUCUCUUGGUGCUGAAGCUACUCAUAUGUUCCUGCCUUAUGAAUUAUAGUGUAUUUAAGGCAUGCAAUAAUAAUUCCCUUCCAAGGAACAGCCUGUAAACCCUGGGGGGUAAUGUCCUAUGUAGUUUUUUCCAAAUGAAUAGAAGAAGUGAGAGAAUUAAAAGAAUAGUGUAUAUUGUUUAAAAAUCUUGAUACCUCUAAACGUGAACAUAUAUGUGUACUAAACUGAUUUAUUGUGCACCUUUAAAUGCGUAUGCCUUUCUCCGUUAAUUUACUAUGGUUUAAUACUUUACUACUGUCCUCUGAGAAGAUGAUACAGUUUUUAAAUCCAAUUUCAUAUUAAGUUUAAUAUACUCAGAACCAUAGGUUUCUGGUCAUGUGACAUGCAAUUUUGAGAUCGAGACUUACAUGAGAUUCUAGUAAGACAGUCCCCACACCAAAUUACUGCAAUAAGCACAUAUACAAGCAGUUUGUAUAAACUCUGUAUAAAACACUGCUUCUUAUAGAGCUCAGUUGUCAGUUCCAGGAGUUUGGGAUGCUACUAACAGGAAAUUUUGGUCUUCUUUAUAUGAAAAGGCACUCUGGAAAUAGCUAAAUUUAAGGAUUUUUUUUCACUGAUGUCCCGUCAAACUAGUUGCUUCAAACCCUAUAGCUGUAGCUCAACUUCUGCUCUUGCUAUUCAGUAUUAAUAAGAUGGCAUGCUUGAUUCUUAUUGUUUUUAAAAAUGAGAGAAUUGGAGAGAGAAUGCCAUUAUGUCAACUGUAUGGGACUCUGAAUCUUCAAGAUGUAGAUGAAUAUUAUCUUUAGAAUUUAUAUACCCAUAGAUAUGUAUUUCUAUAUGCAUACAUUUUGUACAAAUUUACAAUGGACUUUUUGUAUUCUCUUUUCUGUCAUUACAAGAAUGAGAUGGAAACCAAAUAGCUGUUCCAUUCUCUUAUCCAGAGAGGAUACUGAGAAGUCAGGUAUAUGCAUGCAAUUAUUUCUCUGAGGUCAAAUCUGAAUGACUUUUUCCUUGUUUAAUGAAAGGGGAGAGAGUCCUGGUUGGCUUUGGAAAUUGGUAAUUAGAUAAGCUUUGUUUCCUAUGCUAGUGACUCAAAUGUAGCAAUGAUAAUAAAGUUAUGACCAUAUCAAUGUAGUCUAACUAUCUAGAUGGGACACAAAAAUAUUCAGAAGAGUGUUAGGAUCAUCUAGACCACAAAUGUGGACUGAAGUUCAAUUUUUCAUUUUAAAUCUAUAUGUUGUGUAAGUACAACUUAUAUCUGUAUAGCUAAAGGUAAAGUGAAAAUAUAAUCAUUGGGGUUUUUUUUUAAGUCUGAUAAGUAAUUUUUUUGAAAUAUGGACAAAUCAGUUUUUUAAAAAUACUUCUUUGGCUUCUGACAUUUCCAUUUCUAUUUGUAUCAAUUAAUUAAUUGGUAAUGGUUAAAAGUUUAUUUUUCCAAUAUGCACACAUAUCCUUUAAAUGUUUGGAUGUGGAUGACAGCUAAGCAGUUACUAGCUGAUAUUACCUGAAAGUUAUGGGCUCAAUUAGAAUCAGAACUUUCAUAUAAUCUGGCCAGGCUCCUCAAAGCUAAUCACUUGUGAACCUGGGAUUUGAAUUUUAAUUGGAAACUACUUGUUCAUUUUUGAACUAGUGACUGUGGUCACAGAUGCUUUAGUUCAUAUAAGAAUGAAUUGCCCUAUCUGUACUAGGAUAUUUAAUCACUGGGCUAAACAAAUCUGAUUCUGAUCAUUUUUUCCAUUUAUUUGAUAAUCUUUGAAAAAUAGCUUAUAUGGCUUGACGUCAAUACUUAUUACUGUCACCAACCUAAUAAUACAAUUGGUGCCAGGCAAAAAUGCUUAAGUGAUAAUAUGAAUUUAAUUAGCUUUAAUUGAGUACAAUGAUAUACAAAGUGGGCUUACUUGUUUGAGGCAGGGAUUUUCCCUGAAACUUGUGAUUGUACUGGGUUGUUUCUGUAGAAAGAUUAUCAAUAACGACACUGACAACAACAGACUGAUUUUUGAACUUGAGUAUAUUCAACAGGUAGAAUAAAAUAGAUAUUAGAAUUCAUGAAAAUUUUGUUUUGCUUUUCUAUCAAUAAAAGAGUUUUGUUAAUUGGG